GCCAUGAUCUCUAGAUAAAGAGGUAGGCAGCGAAGGUCUAGGAAAGCUACCAUUUGUUUUCUGUAACAGCCUACACCUUUACCUCUUGGACACAGAACAGCAAUGGCUUCCGCAUCGAAGACAGUCAAUCUUCAUCCAGACAACUACCUUCCCUCGAAUCUCGAACCGACCACGUUCGACGUGAUAGUAAUCGGCAGCGGCCCGUGCGGUCGGCAAGUUGCAUCCAAAACCGCCGCAGCUGGGCUGUCUACCAUGAUCAUCGAGGACGAACUCUGGGGCGGUGACUGUCCCUUCUGGGCAUGUAUGCCAUCCAAAGCUCUACUUCGACCCGGCGAAGCCCUCGCCGCAGCCCGCCAAGUAGGCGGUGCCAAACAGCUUAUUGAAAACAGCCGGAAGGUCGACAUUGACGGCGUCUUCGCUCGACGCGAUAAAAUCGUGCACGACUACACUGAUCAAUCCUUCGUCAAUUUGUCGUUGAAGCAGAAGUGCAGUGUCGUCCGAGGCAAGGGAUCCUUGCUAGGCGAGAAGAAAGUCCUGGUCAAGAACGCCAAUGGUCAGGAGAAGACCUUGUCCGCUCGACAUGCCGUUGUCAUCUCGACUGGUUCUGAACCUGUGAUCCCGGAUAUUAAGGGCAUACAUGACAUCGAUUUCUGGACUCCUCGAGAAGCCACCUCGGUCAAGGAAGUUCCUGAGCAUCUCAUCAUCAUUGGUGCAGGGGUCGUGGGAUCAGAAAUGGCGACUGCGUUCGCAACAUACGGAAGUAAAGUUAGCGUGAUCACACCGACCAGCGAGAUCCUGCCACGCUAUGAGCCUGAAGCAUCACGGCGCGUGCGUGAAGCCCUGAUUGGACAGAACGUCGACUUCCAUCUAUCCUCACGCGUCGUCGAGGUGUGGAAACAAGACGCCAACGUAUGUGUCAAACUAUCGUCCGGCACCAUCGUGACUGGCUCCACCGUUCUCCUUGCCGCAGGUCGUCGCCCACGAACCAAGGACAUCGGCCUGGAAAGUAUCGGCGUCACGCCCACCCUUGACGUCGAUCCAAGCAUGCUGGUCAACCCCGUCGAGGGUCAAUGGCUGUACGCAGUCGGAGACACGAAUAUGCGCGCGCCCAUGACCCACAUGGGUGAGUACCAGGGCCGCAUCGCAGCCAGCGCUAUCAUUGCGCGAAGUCAAGGCACUAAAACCCUCAGCUCGGAGGCAUGGAGCGAGUAUGCCGCUACAGCAGAUUCCCUGGCUGCCAGCCAAGUCGUGGUGACGGACCCUAAUCUCGCGACAGUGGGACUUACGCUCGCUUAGGCCUUGGAAAGGGGCAUCAAGGCGCAAGCUGUUGAUGUGAACUUCAAUUUCCCUGGGGCUUGGGUAUACGCGGAAUUCGAUUACGAUGGGUGGGCGCGAUGGGUGGUCGACGUCGAGAAGAAUGUCCUUGUGGGAGCGACCAUUGUCGGAAGAGAGGCAGGUGACCUGUUGCAUGCGAGUACCGUUGUGCUGGUGGGACAGGUACAGCUGGAUAAGUUGAUUCAUGCGGUGCCGAGUUUUCCCACGCGCAGUGAAGUGUAUGGUUUGUUGUUGGAGAAGUGGUUGUCCAUUAGACGCUCAAGCGAGGACGAGAGGAGUGCUUGGAAGUGACGGGCUCAA